UUUAUUAAGACUCUACAACUGGCUAAGCCUGAUGAUAAAUUAAUUGCAUAGCUAUUUUUAUGUCACUGCUUUCAAUCACGGCGUAUGCCAAGUCACAGUCACUGCUUAACGCAAUUCGGGCAUAUCUGAUUGGUAUAUUUGAUGUAACCUGCAGCAAGCAGCCGGUUAUAUUUAUAUUAUUUUGUAUAUUAUCUGAAUGAAAUAGACCAUAAACAAUGUGGAGCCUUAAAGCUGUAACUCAAUUGUGCAAAAAUACAGUCGCAUCUGGCAACAUUAGUGCCAUAAGCACUGCGGGCCUCAAAUACUUUGCACCGCCUAUAAAAUAUGAAAACAUUGAGAAAGUCGAGCGUCCGAAGUUGCGCAUAAUGGAGCGCAUGCCUCAGUAUCCGCCCAAUCUGCGCCCGCCCAAGAUGCAGAAACGUCUUCGCUACAUGCGUGGCCCAGAACUUGUACAUAAUACCCUGCUCCACAAACAGUAUGCCAUUGUUGCCACUGGCGGUGGCCGCUUACGAUGGGGCCACUACGAGAUGAUGCGUCUGACCAUCGGUCGUAAAAUGAAUACGGACACCAUGUUUGCCACUUGGCGGAUUCCCGCUCCCUGGCAACCCAUUACCAAAAAGGGACAAGGUCAGCGCAUGGGUGGCGGUAAGGGUGCCAUAGAUCAUUAUGUAACACCCAUACGAGCGGGUCGCAUCAUUGUCGAGAUUGCCGGCAGAUGCGAAUUCAUUGAGGUUAAAGGAUUCCUGACACAGGUGGCCAAUCAGUUGCCAUUCAAGGCAACUGUUGUCUCCCAAGAAAUGCUCGAUCAGCAGCAAGUCGAAGAGGACCUUAAAGAGCGCUCCAAUGAGAAUCCUUUUACCAUGAAAUAUGUCAUACAAAACAAUUUAAAUGGCUGCCAUCGAUGGCUUUCGCCGGUCGAUCAUAAAUGGUUUGGUAAACAUCUGUAAUAGGAUUAUGACCUUGCCUUGGAUGAGACGUUGUUGUUAGUUUAUGAUUCAAUCUUAUUUGUUUUUGUGUAUAUGCAAAAUAAAUUUAGAAAAUUCAAAA